CCAUACACUCACUGUCAGCACACAGUGACUUGAGUGAGAGAGAGGAAGGAGAACGGUUUUCUCUUUCUCUGUAUCUAACAUUGUUUGUGUAAGUGUGUGCAGGGGACAGAACGGCUCUCAGUUCUUUGAAUUGGGAAAGUGGUAAAAUAUCAUUGAAGAAGGAAAGACACGUUUUUAAGGGGAUAUAUAUCGAGGAGGCCAAUGCAAGUACCAUCCAGAAUUAGAUAGAUUUUCAACCAGUUGGAGCUACAAUGACUUCCCAUGUCAAACUGUGGAGGGACAGAUUGGGAACAGCAGACUAUGACAUACAAAUCAAAGAGGUGCGGUUGCAGUUGGCUGAACAGUUGAGGAUAUUUGACGGUCAGAUGGAUCAAAAGUGUCAGAUGUUGCAGGAUCUGAUUGAUUACUUGCGCAGACGAGGCGAGAUCGAGGGGGAGUACGCUCGCUCGCUGGACAAACUGUCCGAGAGAUUUUCCUCUAGAACCAGGAAGAAGGAGCCUAGCCAUCAGUCAGUGUUUAGCUGCUGGCAGGUGUUAUUGACACAGACGCGUCAGGAGAGCCGAGACCACAGCAUGCUGAGUGACAGCUACAGCAACACUCUGCCUCAGCAGCUUUCACAUUGCUUAGAGCAUGCCCAACGCCUGGCCAAACGGAGCAGAGAUAUAUGCACCCAGUUACAGGAUGGACUUUUGAAGGUCACUACAGAACUUCAGACAACCUUGAAGACAUAUUACCAGUACUACGCUGAGUUCCUAUCCGCAGAAGGCAAACUAAAAGAUGCAGCCAAACUUGAGGAAAAACAGAAGCAAAGUGCUUCCAAAAAGAUGGAAAGACUAAUAGAGAAAAGACAGUGCAAAGUUCAAGAAAUUCAGCAGAAGUGCACAAAAUCACGCAAUGACUACCUGCUCAACCUGGCUGCAGCGAAUGCAUGCAUGAACAAAUACUACCUUCAUGAUCUCUCCACUCUUAUAGAUUGCAGUGAUCUGGGUUACCACCAGUCCAUAUCGAAGGUGUUGCAUUUUUACCUGACCAGUCAUCAGCUGGUCCAGCAGAACUUGAGCUCUGGGCUGCAGCAGCUGGACAUGUCUGUCUCAGAACUGAAGCAGAAUCAGGACAGAGACACUCUCAUGCAGGCCAACAUCUCCGCCUUUUGCCUGCCCCUACGUUUUCAGUACCAACCCUAUGAAGGCGACCAGGUGUGUGAGGUGUCUGCCAAGGGUGAGAUGAGAAGUGAGUUGGUGACUCGCUUCCAGCAGCUGCGGUCCAGGCUGUCUUUAAUAACCGCAGAGGUUGAAGAGUCCGGCAAAAUACUUCAAUCAGCUCAGCUAUCCAUGCUGGAUAGUAUUGCAGAGGAUACCUUUAGAUCCACCCCUGACUUCAACAUUAGCCCAUCUCAGGAGGGGAGCAGUGACAUAUCAAGCAGUAGGACUAAUCAGCCUAAGCGUAGAGCAAGCCUUCCUGACACUGAGAGUUUGUACUUUACGAAAGUCAGGGACCACCUGUGUAACAGCUCUUUAAUAUCAAAGCUGGAGGCCAAACAUGACCUGCUUAAAGUUGCGAUUCAGAAAGCUGAAAGCGUUGAUGAUUACUCCAGAACACGCUCCAAAAGAUCUGUGCGUCACAGAAAGAGUCAGCCCUGUGGCCAGAUCAGCCAGAAGCUCUUCAAUGGGGAUCUACUUUCGUACAUUCAAGCAUCAGGACAGCUCAUUCCUGCGGUGGUGGAGAGCUGCAUUCGAUUCAUUAAUCUCAAUGGUUUACAUCAUGAGGGAUUGUUUAGAGUGCCAGGCUCUCAAAUGGUGGUGAAUCAGCUGAAGGAUGAGUUCGAGAAAGGAGACGACCCCCUCGCAGAUGGGGGGUGUGACAUGGACUCUGUGGCGGGAGUGCUGAAGCUUUAUUUUAGAGGUCUAGAGAAACCCCUCUUUCCUGAGGACAGUUACGACCAACUAAUGGAAUGUGGGCAAACGGAUGAUGAGUCAAAAAAAGUGGCACUGUUGAAGUCCGUCAUCUCCUCAUACCCAGCCCAGCUAAUCAUUGUCAUGAGAUAUCUUUUUGCAUUUCUUCACCAUGUCUCCCAGUACAGUGAUGAGAACAUGAUGCAGCCCUAUAACUUGGCAGUAUGCUUUGGGCCCAGUUUGGUGAGGGGGCCAGACAAUGGAGAUGCGGCAGCACUUCAGCAGAUCAACGCCCUGGUCAAGAGUAUUAUCAUCGAACAUGAGAGCAUCUUUCCCAGCCAGAAUGAAUUACCCGGGCCUGUGUAUGAAAAGUGCAUGACACUGGAAGAAGAAGACUGUGAGGCUGGUGCAGAGGAAGGAGAGGGAGAUUCAGACCAAUAUCAAAUUAAAGAAGCAAAAGAUGAGCUGCAGGGAGUUGCUUUGUUUGACUACACUGGCCGUUCCUCAACUGAGCUGUCCUUUAAACACGGGGACCGUCUCAUUCUACACAACAGAGCUUCCUCUGACUGGUGGAGAGGGGAGGUGAAUGGGACAAAGGGUCUCAUCCCAAAUAAAUACAUUAGUGUAUCAAGUGUGGAUGGAGGGCAAGAUCAGAAAGGGAAGGGUGCUGUAAAAUCCAACUGUGGUAGACACCAGGCCGAGGAAAAGCCAAGGGUAGAGCAAACCACUCGGCUCAAGGUCACUAGUGAGAAAGCUGGGGUUGUUGCCAGUCAUGUCACUUCUGGAAAGGUUUCGUUACAAAUACCCACAGGACAACAUAUGCGGCCAGGAAAUUCUCCAGGGGCUCUGCGAAAAACAGUAAAUCCUCAAAAGAGACGAUCCACAGUAGAGGGAGGCAGUGGAGAAGAUACUUCAACAGAAGUGGAUAAGGAAGUGUGUCAAAUGAUGCACUCAGUGUUUAAGGAGCUCCUUUCCAAACAAUCUUCCCAGGAUCAAAACACAUCUACAUCCUCAGAGAUCACCUCUUCAUUCCCUGUGCAAACACCUCAAAACAAAGUAGGACUGGGAUGGAAAGGAAAAGGUUUAUUUAGAUCAGCUGACCAAGCGGACUGAUGAAAAACCAAAAUGAGAGGACAUUUUGAGUGACCUAAGGGGAAAAUUUAGGUGACUAAAGUUAGAAACACAUGAAAAUUGAAGUGAAACAUUAGUGUCACAGAUGUCUGAGCUAAGAUAUUUUGUAUAUCAGUGGGUUUAAAGAUGUGCUUCCAACCCCAAGAUGUGAAUUCUCUAUGCUGGCUGGGGAUGAGUGGAUACAGCUGACUUUUAAUAAUAACUCACCACUUUCUUUCUUAAAGGGAUAGUUCACCCAAAAAUGAAAAUUCUCUCAUGAUUUACUCCUCCUGGCAUCCCAGAUGUGUAUGACUUUCUUUCUUCUGUAGAACACAAAUUAAGAUUUUUAGAAGAAUAUUUCAACUCUGUAGGUCCAUACACUGCAAGUGAAUGAGUGCCAAACUUUUGAAGCUCCAAAAUCCAUAUAAAGGGAGCAUAAAAGUAAUUCAUAUGACUCCAGUGGUUAAAUCUAUAUCUUCAGAUGCAAUAUGAUAAGUGUGAGUGAGAAAAAGAUCAAUGCUUAAGUCAUUUUUUUAUCAUAAAGUAUCCUCUCUGCCCAGUAGGGGGUAAUAUGCACGAAGAAUGUGAAUCACCAAACACAGAAAAAGGAGAAAGUGAAAGGACUUAAAUAUUGAUCUGUUUCUCACCCACACCAAUCAUAUCGCUUUAGAAGACGUGGAUUUAACCACUGGAGUCAUCUGGAUAACAUUUAUGUUGCCCUUAUGUCAUUUUUGGUGGUCACCAUUCACUUGCAUUGCAUGGACCUACAGAGCUGAGAUACUCUUUAAAAAUCUUAAUGUGUGUUCUGCAGAAGAAAGAAAGUCAUACACAUCUGAGAUGGCAUGAGGGUGAGUAACUGAUGAGAGAAUUUUAUUUUUUGGGUGAACUAGCCCUUUAAAGUCUGUUUAGCAUACGUUUUUUAUCUUUUCUUGUCAUUACUCAGUUCUGCCAUCAGAAUUCAGAGCUCUCCCCCUAAAAGCUCUGACACUCAAAUAUUGAAGUCCUCCUGUUGAAGUUUCAUAUUCCAUUGUAUCCAGAAAAAAAAAAUUAAAAUCAUGACUGUGUACAAGAAUACUCAUGAGAAGUAUAUUUCAUUUUCUUUUUUGUUUUUAUUUAAGUAACGAGAUCUUAUUUAAAUUGAAUCAUUGAAUUAUUUUAAAUUAUUGAGUGAUCAUUGCAACGUAUUGCCUAAUGGCAUUGCCUGCUGCCGAUCGGGACAUUUUUGAAUAAACAUUUAUAGCUUGA